AUGGUGUGGGACAGUCAGGAGAAUCAGACCUUCGACGCAGACUUCAUCUUGCUGGGAGUCUUCAGUAACAGCCCCACCCACACCUUCCUCUUCGCUCUGGUCUUGGGCGUCUUCUCAGUGGCCUUCAUGGGUAACACUGCCAUGGUUCUCCUCAUCUGCCUGGACUCCCAGCUCCACACCCCCAUGUACUUCCUCCUCAGCCAACUGUCCCUCAUGGACCUCAUGCUCAUCUGCACCACUGUACCCAAGAUGGCCUUCAACUACUUGUCUGGAAAGAAAUCCAUCUCUCUGGCAGGUUGUGGGACCCAGAUAUUCUUCUAUGUGUCCCUGCUUGGAGCAGAAUGUUUCCUGUUGGCUUCGAUGGCCUAUGAUCGGUAUGUUGCCAUUUGCCAGCCACUACGAUACCCAGUUCUCAUGAGCCAAAAAAUCUGUGGUCUGAUGGCUGCUGCUUCUUGGAUUCUUGGCUCACUUGAUGGUAUCAUUGAAACUGCGGUCGCGUUGUCCUUCUCGUAUUGUGGCGCCCGGGAAAUACCUCAUUUUUUCUGUGAUGUACCCGCCCUCCUUACUCUCUCGUGCGAUGAUACUUUGAUGUUUGAAAGGGUGAUUUUUAUUUGCUGUGUAAUUAUGCUUCUCUUCCCCGUAGCAGUAAUCGUUGCUUCUUACACUUGUGUCAUCCUGGCUGUCAUUCACAUGGGGUCUGGGGAGGGUCGCCGCAAAGCUUUCGCUACGUGUUCCUCCCACCUCAUGGUGGUGGGAAUGUACUAUGGAGCAGCCAUGUUCAUGUACAUGCGGCCCACAUCUUCUCACUCACCCGCCCAGGACAAGCUGGUGCCGGCCUUCUACACCAUCCUCACCCCCAUGCUGAAUCCCGUCAUCUACAGCCUCCGCAGCAAAGAAGUGGCCAGAGCAUUCACAAAGAUAUUAGGGAAGGGCAAGUCUGGAGAGCAAAGUGGAAAUUCGGUUCCCCCGGCUGGGCGCCUGGUGAGGAUGCUGGCCACGCACUGCCAGGACCCAGUGAACGGCGUCCGCUCCUUGGCUGUCCAGGCCGUCUACAACCUCUACCAGGUCUGGCCGCACCUGCACACCCUCUCGAUCGCCUCUGCGGUGUUCUGUGGCAUCGGCAUUGGCCCUCGAAGCCUCCUGAUCCGGCCCUGGAGCCGGCAGGGUCUUUUCCCAGGGAGAGCAGGGGCACUAGGCAGGAGGCAGGAAGGGGCCCUGGCAGGCCGCCUCCUUCGCCCCCCCCAGCCCAGAAGCCCAGGGGAGGCCCCCGGGGAGGAGGGUCUGGGUGGAGGCCGCUGCCCAGUCCACAGGCACAGGGUGUGCUGGGACUCCCAGGCCCCCUGUGCCAAACCCACUGCCAGCGCUGGCUCCCAGCCCGGUGCUCCUGCUGCUGGAGUCCGCCGCGUGGGCCCCACCUAA